GCCGACUAUAAACCCUUUCUGUGGGAUUAUUUUAGCUCGGGUUUGACGUACUGUGCCCGGUUGGAGACAUAUCCCUCGGCUGUAUUUAACCCAUUGUUGUGUCAGCUGGUAAUAUCAGAAGUUGACUGAAUGGAUCCAAAAACGCCUCCUGACCUCAGUGGUAUGACGGGCGUUCCGUGGUUGGGACGCGGAAGAGUACUGCAGCCUCAGGAGCUGGCUGUAGGACGUAGUAGAGGGCUGCUGCUUUCUACAGAAGGGCCUGGUGUAGGACGAGCCAGAGGGUUUCCCACUCCUGGCGAUACCCCACAGGGACGAGGAGUAUCUCUACCCAUUACUGAACCUGUGCUUGGACGAGCUAGAGGGCUGCUGCUGCAGCCUGAUGAUGGAGGAGUUGGCCGAGCCAGAGCGCUUCUCUUCCCAGAACCUGAACCAAAGGUAGGGGUGGCAAGAGGUGCAAUCCUGCCUAGUCUGGAGCCACAGCGCAGACACAAACCUCCCUGUGAAACCAUGACGCGAGACCUCCCAGAAGAGACCUCUGCAACUAAAGAGGUUGACGUGCCUACCCGUGGUCAAACAUCAGUCCUGGUCUCAAUGUUUCGAGGAAUAGGCAUUGAGCCCUCAUUAACCUCAUGGGGAAGAGGAGCACUACCAGUGGGAAGAGGAGCAGCUGGAGAUAUGGGAGAUGUGAAGCCACAACAUGCUCCAGUAGGUGUCAUCAGCAGCCCAGAGGGCUUCGGCCAACCUGAAGAGGUGAUGGGCAGAGGCAGCAGUUUCCAUGGCCAAGGUUUGUCCCAAAAGACGAUGGUGGGGCUUGGAAGAGCAGCGAUGCCUCAGCUUGGAGUAGGAAGAGGACGACCUCUACUCUCUCCUUUUUCUGCAGGUCGUGUUGAGACCUUUUCUGAGCAGCAAGCAGCCCUACACGCUCAGACUUCUCCCAGAGUGCCCGACACUCAAGAGGUGCUGGAGCUUUCUGCUGUUGCCCCAUCAGAGAUGGUGCUGAAAAUGGAGGCUGUCCAUGAGCCGCUUAAUAAGGCUGGAACAAAAGGAUCUCCUAUAACUAUUGGCUCAAACCACAUCCCGAUCUGUUGCAAGAAUGAAGCUGUUUAUCAGUACCAUGUUACAUUCACUCCAAAUGUUGAAUCGAUGGCAAUGCGUUUUGGCAUGAUGAAAGAUCACCGCUCGACCACAGGGGAAGUAGUAGCUUUUGAUGGCUCCAUACUCUACCUGCCUGUUAAGCUGAAUGACGUGGUUUUUCUCAAGAGUUUGAGACGGACCGAUAACGAGGAAAUACAGAUCAAAAUCCAGAUGACGAAGAUUUUGCCACCCAACUCGGAUCUAUGCAUCCCGUUCUACAAUGUGGUGCUCAGAAGGGUAAUGAAGAUCAUUGGACUGAAGCUGGUGGGUCGAAAUCAUUACGAUCCAGAAAGCGCGGUCAUUCUUGGAAAACACCGGCUGCAAGUGUGGCCAGGCUAUUCAACUGGUAUCAAACGUACAGAUGGAGGCCUGUACCUGUGCGUGGAUGUGUCUCACAAAGUCUUGAGGAAUGACUCUGUGUUGGAUGUCAUGAACAUGUUGUACCAACAGAGCAAAGAGAACUUCCAAGAUGAAUGCACCAAAGAACUCAUUGGCAGCAUCGUCAUUACUCGCUACAACAACCGCACAUACCGCAUUGAUGCCAUUGAGUGGAACAAGUCCCCCAAAGACACCUUCACUUUGAUGGAUGGCACAAAAACCACCUUUGUGGAAUACUACAGCAAGAACUAUGGGAUUACAAUCAAAGAGAUGGACCAACCUCUGCUCAUGCAUCGGCCGAAGGAGAGGUCCAAGCCAGGAGGGAAGCAAAUCAUCACUGGAGAGAUCCUUUUAGUGCCAGAGCUUUCCUUCAUGACGGGAAUCCCUGACAAAAUGAGGAAGGACUUCAGAUCUAUGAAGGACCUGACCAUGCACAUCAAUGUGAGCGGAGAGCAGCACACCCACUCAAUAAAACAGCUUCUGAAGAACAUCAGCACCAACCCUGAGAGUCUGAAGGAGCUCAGCCGAUGGGGACUGGAGAUGGACUCAGAAAUCUUGGUGAUUAAAGGCAGAACUCUGCCUGUUGAAACCAUCUGUCUGCAGUCUUCCUCCUUUGCAACCAGUGCUGAUCUAUCUUGGUCCAGAGAGAUCGUCAGGGAUGCUUCUAUCAGCUGUAUCCCACUGAAUAUCUGGGCCAUCUUCUACCCUCGGCGCUGUGCAGAGCAGGCUGAGGAGCUGGUUUCCACCUUUAAAAAGGUGGCCGGGCCUAUUGGGGUGCGACUGGAGCGACCCAUUCGCGUGGAGCUGAGGGAUGAUCGCACUGAGACUUACGUCAAGACCAUCCACUCUCAGCUCACCAGUGAGCCCAAUAUGCAGCUCGUAGUUUGCAUCCUGGUCGGCAACAGAGAGGAUCUCUACAGUGCCAUUAAGAAGCUCUGCUGUGUCAAAAGUCCCAUCCCAUCCCAGGCCAUCAAUGUGCGGACAAUUUCCCAGCAGCAGAAGCUGAAGAGUGUUGCCCAAAAGAUACUCCUGCAGAUGAACAGCAAGUUAGGAGGAGAAUUGUGGACUGUCAGUGUCCCUCUGAAACACUUGAUGGUGGUGGGAGUUGAUGUCCACCAUGACACCAGCAAGGCACAUCAGUCAGUCAUGGGCUUUGUCGCAAGUGUCAACAGCUCACUGACCCGCUGGUACUCCAGAGUUACUUUCCAGACACCCACUGAGGAGCUGAUCAAUGGCUUCAGAGUUUGCUUUCUGGCUGCACUGCAGAAAUACUACGAGGUGAACCACAAUUUGCCAGAGAAGAUUGUGGUGUAUCGGGAUGGUGUGUCAGACGGUCAGCUGAUGAUGGUGGAGCAGUAUGAGAUCCCACAGUUGAUCAAAUGCUUUGAGACUUUCCCCAGCUAUGAGCCCAAGCUGGUCUUCAUUGUAGUCCAGAAGCGCAUAAGCACCACCCUCUACUCCUGUAAUGCAAACAACUUUGGCACACCUCCACCUGGAACUGUUCUGGAUCACACCCUCACCCAGAGAGACUGGGUGGACUUCUACCUGAUGGCACAUCACAUCCGCCAGGGUUGUGGACUCCCUACCCACUACGUCUCGUUGUACAACACAGCAAACCUCACACCAGACCAUUUGCAAAGGCUGACUUUCAAGAUGUGCCAUUUGUACUGGAACUGGCCAGGCACCAUUCGUGUUCCAGCACCGUGCAAGUAUGCCCACAAACUGGCUUACCUGUCUGGCCAGUACCUGCACUCGGAGCCGGCCAUCCAGCUGUCGGACAAGCUCUUUUUCCUUUGAGCUGCACCAGUUACUGCCACAAGCAAAUUGCUCAGGUCACAGCACAAGCAGCUGUGAUGAAAGACGAUGCUGAAUGAAAGGCAACUCAUUUGAAUUAAUGAGUGAUUGAUUAUUGACAUGUGGCACUUUAACUUUAACGUAUUCUAUAGAUUUCACCCAGGACUCUCACAUAGAUCAGUACUAGUCACACCUUCACAAGGGCUGAUGCUUUUUGUGAAUGUAACACUGUAUUGCAUUACUGCAGUAAUUACGUGUGGCAUAUUAGUAUAAGCACAUUUUAGUUUCAAGUCUAGUGGAAAGUUAAGUUUAAGAUGAGUACUGACCCAAGGUUUGUAAAGUUUUGACUAUGUUUUUCAGUGUUUUGGGGGUGCUGUUCCUGUGGCAUACUUAUUACAGUUCUGUUAAUGUUCACACCCUUUCACUGUGACAGAUUUUUAUUUACAAUUUUGUACUUUAUAAAUCGGUUUAUGAAA